AUGGGGACCUGGAUUUUGUUUGCCUGCCUCCUGGGAGCAGCUUUUGCCAUGCCCCUACCACCUCAUCCUGGGCACCCUGGUUAUAUCAACUUCAGCUAUGAGAACUCAUAUUCUCAGGCUAUCAAUAUUGACAGGACUGCAUUAGUGCUUACCCCUGUGAAGUGGUACCAGAGCAUGCUAAGGCCACCGUACCCUUCCUAUGGUUACGAGCCCAUGGGUGGAUGGCUGCACCACCAAAUCAUCCCCGUGCUGUCCCAACAGCACCCCCAGACUCACACCCUGCAGCCUCAUCACCACAUCCCAGUGGUGCCAGCUCAGCAACCCGUGGUCCCCCAGCAACCAAUGAUGCCCGUUCCUGGCCAACACUCCAUGACUCCAACCCAACACCACCAGCCAAACCUCCCUCCGCCCGCCCAGCAGCCCUUCCAGCCCCAGCCCGUUCAGCCGCAGCCUCACCAGCCCAUGCAGCCCAUCCAGCCCAUGCAGCCCAUCCAGCCCCAGCCACCUGUGCACCCCAUGCAGCCCCUGCCGCCACAGCCACCUCUGCCUCCGCUGUUCCCCAUGCAGCCCCUGCCGCCCAUGCUUCCUGAUCUGCCACUGGAAGCUUGGCCAGCAACAGACAAGACCAAGCGGGAAGAAGUGGUGAGUAUGCCUUGA